CAAAUGUGAAGCCAUAUGAAAAGCUGCUGUCUCACGGUUCUAUUCCUGAGUGACCUGGAUCUUCUCUUCCUCAUCCUCUCAUCCUCUUCCUCUCUGUGCUGUCCUUGUGCCUCAUGCAGCAGCUGAGGAUGAAUCGCAUCUGUUCGGUUUCAUUGAAUAAGUUGAGUGAAGUGUCAACAGUUUGUUCGCUCAACAUCUUCACGUCGGGGCAGCUCGUCUGACAAAUAAAACUUACACUUGGUAAAAUGUCCACAUUCAGAAUCUGUUUUCAUAAAAACAGCCUAAAAUGUCCUGUUUUCGACACAGACGGCUUUUGACGUAGUGGUGCACGACAUCAUCCCCACAGGAUGAACGCGUGUGGGCGGGGGCAUCCGGGAUAAAUAGAGCGCACCCCUGUUCGGUGCGUAAAUGCGCAGCGCCAGGCGCCAGAGGAUGAGUGUCUGUUAUGGAAAAUACGCCUCACGAAUUAAUUAGCAUCUGAUCGCUGCGUGACACGACUAAGGACGAGAUGAAAAUUGCUAGACUUCAUUUAAACCAAUGUCGGCAUUCAUUCUUUCACUAAUUCCAGCUGCACUGAGGGCGGCUUUGAACCUGAUCAAGGAGUUUUCCAUCAUUUCUCCGGUGAAGUUUUACUGGAUUCCAGGAUUCGUCUGCGCGUUCCGUCCCGCUGGAAGAGAAACGCGCCAUUGGCUGCGCGUAAUGUUGGGAUUCAUUUCCGCUGGGAUGCGUUUGCGGCACCGGAGCUAAAAUGAGCGCGUGCCGGACGCUGGCGGCGCUCAGCUGGCUGAUGCUGCUGGUGACGCGCGGCGGUGCAGUUUCCAGAUGUGAGGGCCGCGCCUGUAGCCCCCCCAUAGGGAACCUGGCCACUGGCAGGACCCUCCACACGCUUUCAGGCUGCUGUGGCGGCAGCUCCCACCGACACGGCCUGUGCCCCCAUCCCCCUCCGAUGCCCCACCUCUGCCCUAAGAACACCCACCCACCCACUCACAUGGCCGACGACCCGCUCCAGCAUCCGGAGACGUGGCCGGAGCCGGACGGAGGUACCGCCGCGCGGGCAAAGUAUGACGAGAUCCGCUUGGACCUGGAAACCAAGUUCUGUCUGUCCUAUGUGGUGUUGGUGUUCAGGGCGCCCCGGCCUGCCGCCAUGGCCAUCGAACGCUCAGUCGACCACGGAGCCACCUGGGAGCCCCUCAAGCUCUUUGCGCAGAACUGCAGCGCGGAGUUUGGUUUGCCUGAUGAUUUUAGCCAGCCGGGCUCCUUGUGCUCUUCCCGCUACACGAGCGCGACACCCUGCCGGGGGGGAGAGGUGAUAUUACGGACGCUAGACCCUGGCGCCGCCGACACACCGGACCCUUACUCUCCAGAGGGCCUCACCCGCCUCACCCUCACGAACCUCCGCAUCAGACUCUUAAAAGCUCAGGCCUGUCCAGGAUCCACAACCCCCCCCGGAGCGGGACCCCACCCCACAGAUACAGCUCCACCAUCACUACCCGCUGCAGAACACUCGGCUUCACCUUAUGCUAUUUCCACUUUACUGGCCAGAGGGACCUGCCUGUGCCACGGCCACGCUGAGCUGUGCGUGCCAGCCAACAGCGGCCCAGACACAGCACACAGCAACGUGGUGUCUGGUAGGUGUCUGUGUGCCCACCACACGGCCGGAAAUCACUGCGAGACGUGUGCCCCGCUCUACAACGACCGUCCCUGGAGACCGGCCAACGGCAGCAGCGGGGAGUCCAACCCGUGCCAGAAGUGUGAAUGCCACGGCCACGCAGAUAGCUGUCACUUCUCCCUGAAAGCGUGGCUUUCCUCUGGCGGCACCAGCGGCGGCGUUUGCGACGACUGCCGGCACAAUACCGCCGGGCGCAGGUGCCAUCGCUGUCGCCACGGCUACCGCCGCGACCCAUCCCUGCUGCCGAAUUCCCCUCACAGCUGCUCCCGCUGCUGGUGCGAUCCACAAGGCUCUUUGCCUUCACGUCCUGGAGAGGAGGGUCCGUGGUGCCAUCCCAGAAGUGGCCGAUGUCAGUGCAAACCUGGUGUGGGGGGACCAAGCUGUGGUCGCUGCCUUCCUGGCUACUGGGGCUUUGGAGAUGAAGGGUGCCAACACUGUGCGUGCCCUCACGGCUGUGAUCCAGCCACUGGCCGAUGCCUGGACAGCUAUACAAAUAACCAGGUCUUCAACGUGCCCAUUGGUGGAAAAGUCCCUGAUCUGGACAUGUUUCCAGUUGAAGAAAAUGUAAAGUGGUCCAAGGAGCUCGCUAUCUCCUCCCAACAUUACACAGGCCAAUGCAGCUGUAAGGAGAAGAGACCGAGGAGUGUAGCGGACCUCUGUAAGACCAAAUAUGAUUACGUGAUCAGGGCCAGUGUUCUAUCUGCUCACGACAAAGGCAGCCAUGCAGAAGUGCUGGUCAACGUUCACAGGAUCCUCCGAUCAGGCCGAGCGGCGCUGUACCUGGGGUCUAUUAGCAUCUAUCCUCUGUCCUGGACCAGCCGUGGUUGCACCUGUCCUAUACUAAACCCAGGCAAGCAGUACCUGCUGGCAGGCACAGAAGAGGCUGGAACGGGCCGUCUGCUGGUCACAAUGCAAAGUUUAGUGGUCCCAUGGACCCCGAGGCUGGGCCUUCUGUUGGAGGGCCUGAGGAGCAGAUGUCUGUGGUCUAAAGGGUGAGGUGCAGUAAUGGGAGACAUCUUCGACUCGACUGAGGUAGUGGACAGUUCAGAAAAAGGACUGAAAAAUCACUGGACCUCAGAAAGGAUCCAAGAUUACUACUUCUAGGGACUCUAGGUGACCAUACUGACGAAAGGUACUCACAACGUGUAGGUGUGUAAUAGAAUAAAGACUUGAACGUUUGGGUGGUCACACUAAACAUGUCGGCAUCUGGAUUUGUUUUUAUUUCAUCCUUCCUUGUUGGUUAUUCUGCAAGUCAGUAAUGCACCUGUAAAUAAUAAGUUAACUUGAUAUGGUUGCUUUUUUUAAUAGGAAAAAUAUAAAUCAUAAGUGUC